CUCCGAGGGCUGGCGGAGGAUGCCGAGCUGGGGUGCGGGCACCAUCAGCCCGGAAGAUGUCUAUUUCUCCUGUUUGGCAGAUGAAAUAGCAUAUCGCCAUGCAGCAUAGGACUGUUGUGACAUAUUGAUGAAGCCGAGAGUGGUUUGCGGGACGCAGGCGCCACGCGGUGAUUGAGAGAGUAUGUGGGGUGCUGGUUUCGCCUCGUCCCGACCGUGUGUGGUUGAACUCGGGCGGAAUCACAGCCUGCCCUUGGGGCUAUGUGGCUCCGACGAGCCUCACUCUCUGUAUGGCUAUAUCGUCGCAAUCACUUUACAGGAUUACGGUGGGAUCAUGUCGGGAUUGGGGUCAGAUUCCUGGUGGAAGAAGACCCUCUAUAUCACCGGUGGUGCCCUCCUCGCCGCUGCUGCUUACCUAUUACACGAGCUGCUCGCCAUCAGGAAGGAGCAGGAGUUGGACUCUAAAGAUGCCAUCAUCCUCCACCAGUUCUCCAGGCCAAACACGGGGGUCCCCAGCCUCUCACCAUUCUGCCUCAAGAUGGAGACCUACCUACGCAUGGUGGACCUGCCCUACCAGAACUACUUUGAUGGGAAGCUCUCUCCGCAGGGCAAGAUGCCAUGGAUUGAGUAUAACCGGCAGCAGGUGUCGGGGUCAGAGUUCAUCAUUGACUUCCUGGAAGAGAAGCUGGGCGUCAACCUCAACAAGAACCUCAGUCCCCAGGAGAGAGCCGUGUCCCGGGCUGUCACCAAGAUGGUGGAGGAGCACCUCUACUGGACAAUAGCCUAUUGCCAGUGGGUAGACAACCUGGAGGAGACCCAGAAGAUGCUGUCAGUCACUGGACCUCUCAGUGACAUGCUAAAGUGGAUCCUCAGCCACCUGAACAGCAGCAUGGUGCAAAGGCAGAUGUACGGCCACGGCAUCGGACGCUUCUCCAAGGAGGAGGUCUACAAGCUGAUGGAGAAGGACAUGCGCACACUGGCCGAACUGCUGGGAGAUAAGAAGUACUUCAUGGGGCAUAAGAUGUCGACAGUAGACACUGCUGUGUUUGGUCACCUGGCCCAGGCCAUGUGGACACUACCUGGCACACGACCUGAACAGCUCAUCAAAGGCGAGCUCAUCAACCUGGCCAUGUUCUGUGAGCGCAUGCGGAGAAAGUUCUGGCCUGAGUGGUUUGUGGACAUAGAGGACCUGUACUAUGACGGAGCAGACACUGACAGCAGCGAGGGCUCUCCUACAGGCCUGAUGGACUUUGGCCUGUUCUCCAGGACAGACACCAUGGAGGAGAGUGAAGCCUCCGACAAACACACACACUCACACACUCACUCCCCCGAUACGGACCACUCGCUGUUUGACUCGGACGUGGGCACGGGCUCAGACAACGAGCCGCAGCUCAAGUGUGAACCUCCAAGUCCUGACCCUCCUAAUCCUGCCCCUUCCAAACCCAGUCCCAAACCUCCCAACCCUUGACCCACCCUCAUCCUGGGAGGUGGGGUGGGUUUGGCUGAGGCGGUCAGACGGCCGGAACUUCGAACUAAUCAGGGCGCUGCUAUCUGGAUUGGCAUCAUAGAGCUGCGGAACACAGAGGCACAGUUCUCGCUUCUGCUGCUGCCCCUCCCUCUCUUCCAGAGAUCUGUGCUCACACAUGGAGGCGCAGUUAUAUCCCAUGAUGACUGAAAACUGUAUCCUAACAAUGUAAUAUCAGUGCGCCCAGACAAACUGGGUAUUUGUAUGCAGAGCGUAUAAAUCGAACCCCCUGUUACAUGUGUUACAGUAAUAUGAUUUCCUCACCCCUAGUGAUUGUAACAUUGCCAAUAUGGCACUAUCACAGACAUUGCCUUAUUUGUGUCAGUUGUCCCAGGGUACAGACUAGUGUAAAACAUUAUUAGAGAGAUUGUUGGUGGAACCAGUUAGUGGUGCAUCUGUCCAUGGAAUACAGACAACAUGGUUGUUUCUUAGAAAUGUAGCUAGUGAAAGAGAGAUGAUGAUGAUGGUAGCAGAAACAUGAAAACACUGGAUUUGAGAGGAAACGGAGGACAGUCAUUUGCUAUAACUUGGACACAUAUUGUAAAGAGUGAUAUAUAAAGAAUGUUUGACUUGGGUGGCUGCUCUAGUCUGUGUCUUACUAACGGUGGGCUGUUCUACUAGUAGUCCUAUUGUUUGUGGCUUGCUGCUGAGCAUCAGCCAUAAUCACUGGCCUUUCCAUCAACUCUGUGUCUAACUUCACUCUAGUAAAGGAGAUUGGGAUACACGAAAGGAACUGGAGAUGUAACACUCUUGUCGGAGUACACUUACUAGUACAGGCUGGUUGUAGAUCCGUCUCUUGUAUCUCACCACUAGAGGGUGCUGUAUCUAUACAUCCAUCCUGCGGUCUAUUUAACUCUAUGGUCUUGAGUCCUGUCAGUUUCUGCCACUUGGAAUGUUAAAGGCCCAGUGCAGUCAAAAACGUGAUUUUCCUGUGUUUUAUGAUAUUGUGAAAUGAUAUUGUGAAAUGAUUGGAAUGAUAUUGUGAAAAUUAUGAUAAUGCCCUUUCAGUGUAAGAACUGUUUGAAAAGACUGCCUGAAAUUUCAGUCUGU